GAGAGGAAGAGGAGCAUCCCUCCAUCCUCCCUUCGUUUCACUCGCUUUCUUUUUUGUUGUUGCCUUGUCAAAAACAACAACAACAACAAAAUGACAGCUAAACCAUGAGGACGUGGCCCCUCUACUCGCCUCCUUUUCGCUUGGACGACGUCGACGCGGCGGAUACGGUUGACGCUAGCUAAACAGCACGAAGACACAAAGAUGCAGCAAGUAUUCGUCUGACAAAAUCACGGUGCCUGAGACUACCAUCCAUCCAUCUACCAUCGACAUCGCCGAGAUCCCAGACAGCAUCAGUCACCGACGGGAUGACUUGUUGGCGGGAUUUUGUGACAAUGUUUUCGAUUAUCUGAAUGGCCACCAGCUGCCGGAAGAGCAUGAACACAUAUCACAUUGCCUUAUGUCUGAGCUCAUUAUCGUUGGCCGAGCGCUCUCUGGGUUAAGGUCUGUCUGGGACCAAUGCCGAUCAAGUUGUUUUAGAUCCGCGGUCAUGCAGGGAGGCAUCAGUUUGCCACCAAACCGGCAGCUCUUGACUUUCAUUGGAGCCCCUCUGUCUACCCCAGAGAUCCCAUGACCAAUGCAAAUACAUAAGUGUUAGUGGUGAACUGGAUGUACUUUAGAAUUCUAGUACAUUGGGAUAUCGAUCACGGCGCCAUCGCGAUGAGCGCAUGAUUGCAGCCGCGCCACGCCAUCCUCGCCGUGGCCGGUGGUCGCCCCCCACUCGUCGUCCUCGGCCAUGACCCGGCUGAUGUUGGGCAGAACUCUGGAGCGCAUCUGCAAGGGCGUCCUGUUGCUCUGCCUGCUCCACUUCCUCAUCAUGAUGAUCCUCUACUUCGACGUCUACUCGCAGCGCUUCGACAUCUUCAGCCGCUUCAACAACGGACGCAACGGCUCCCGGAACAACGCCAGUGGGCAUCAUUUUUACUUCUACAACAUAUCCAGGGCCAACGCCACCGUGGCUAGCUACCUGGCCACAGGUGAGCAGGCGGGGCCCACCGCACAGCCCCGUGCCAAUCGGACGCCUUCGCCCAAGCCCCUGCCGCCGUGUCCUGAGAACCCCCCCGGCCUCGUGGGCCGCCUGUUGAUCGAGUUCAGCUCCCAGAUGACGAUGGAGCGCGUGCAGCGAGAGAACCCCAACGUGACGGAGGGAGGCCGCUACACGCCACCCGACUGUCGGCCUCGAUGGAAGGUGGCCAUCAUCAUCCCGUUUCGUCACCGGGAAAACCACCUAAAGUACUGGCUUCACUACCUCCACCCCAUCCUGAGACGGCAGAGGAUCGACUACGGCAUCUACAUCAUCAAUCAGUUGGGUGAGGACACGUUCAACCGCGCCAAGUUGCUGAAUGUCGGCUACGCGGAGGCGCUGAAGGAUGGCGAGUACAACUGCUUCAUUUUCAGCGACGUGGACCUGAUCCCCAUGGACGACCGCAACCUCUACCACUGUUACGAGCAGCCCCGACACUUCGCCAUUGCCAUGGACAAGUUCGGCUUCAGGCUACCCUACGCGGGCUACUUCGGGGGCGUGUCAGGCCUCAGUAAAAAACAGUUCUUAAAGAUCAAUGGCUUCCCCAAUGAGUACUGGGGCUGGGGAGGGGAGGACGACGACAUCUACAACAGGAUCACUCUGAACGGGAUGAAGGUGUCCAGGCCGGACGUGCGUAUCGGCCGCUACAGAAUGAUUAAACACGAGAGAGACAGACACAACGAGCCCAACCCUCAAAGGUUCAAUAAAAUCCAGAACACCAAGAACACCAUGAAGAAGGACGGCAUCAGUUCGCUCACCUACAGAGUGGUGCAGAUCAAAAGGUACCCGCUGUACACCAACAUCUCGGUAGAGAUCGGCAAACCGCCUCCCCGGCCUUUCAAGGGAUAGAGAGAAGGUAGGCUUGGGCAAUUGGGAUGGAGGGCCAAAAGAAGUCACAAGCACAUCAUGGAGAGGAAUUUUUUUCUAACGCUUUGACUUGCUCAUCUAAGCCUCUGGACAACUUUGGAUUGGGAGAAUUGUUAAAAGCAGGAAUUUGGACCGAAAUGGAAGAUACCCACUGGAACAGAGGCAUGGAGAAGUGGCCCAACGCUCCAGGCUAAACAUUCCAAAAAUGGCAAAAAGCAUUCAAGUGAAUAACGGGAGGGUCACAAUGUGCAGUUUGGAGAACCUCAACGUCAAAUGACGGGGUGGCAUAGAUUCACGAGGACACCUCCAGGAUGGGGAGUGACACGUCAAGAACAUGACGGACGCCGUUUCCCGCGUGUUUACGAAGCAUUACCGUAUGAUGAGCGUGCGUGUCACGCGACUUGAUCUCGCUCACAUAUGUACGUGAUCCUGCGCAGGUAGGAAAUACUCUCAAAUCAAUGCCUCUGGCAUUAACGAAUGAAUGUAUCGCGCCUGCAUCUCCCACACGGGGACAACGCUGGGACAGAUUUUUUUUUAAGGUUUGCUAAGACUGAACGGUAUUGGAGCAACUUGUUCAACAUGAAUAUGUAUGUUGAUUCUGUGGUGUUGGAAAACAUCGCAAAAGAUUAACCCUUUUGUUUUGAUAACAUUAGUAAUAGAUAAGGCAAAGGCGCUUGCUUGUAUUAUAAUUAUGAUUUGAUUUGACGUGAUGUGAGGCACAACAGGGUCAUAAUCGUUUCUCAUGUUCAUGUAAAAUUGGAUUUUAAUGCCUGCGGUUGCACACCGACACAGAAUCGUUACAUUUAAUUGAAUUUUCAUUGUAUUUUGCCAUCUUCUCACUCUGUCUUAUUGGCUUCAUGCAUUUGAUUUAAUUAGAUUGAAUUUGAUUAGAUUUUUCCACUGACUGACCGAUUGGCUUCAUGCAUUUAAUUCAAUUUUUGUAUUUUUUAAAUGACUCAUUAGCCUUCACUUGUCUUCAUCUCCUCCCUCUGACUUGCUGGCUUAUUCAAAAUCAAAAAGUAACAGUAAGAUUGUGUUAUCAUUAGCUAUACGUUAUGAAUAUUCAUAUACUGUGAUAUCAGAAACAAUGAGCCUUAUCUUUUUAUUUAUUUCUUUUUUGUUUUAUUUCGUUACAUCAUAAACAUGGCACUGCCCAUCGUCAUUUCCCACAUUAAGUAUUUCAAAGUUGUUUUUUUUGUUUUAAUCUCCUUUUGUUGCUGUUUGACACUGCUAUACAGUUGUCGCCUACAUAUAUACAUAUAUACACCGAGCUGAUGCCUUCAGUAGUUAUUUUCUAUUGAUUAAAUGACAUGUUUUAAAUAAUUAACUGUAAACCAAAACAUUUUCUUUCACAUUUGUUGCUUCCUCUUUGGUGAGCCUUGAAGAGAGAGACAAAAAAAAAGUUCCCAUCGGUUUGCUACUCUUGUCUUGGCCUCAAGGUUUUUUGUUUCUUUGUUUUCUUCCAAGGUGAGAUGAGGCCUCUCUUGAGCGCACGCAUGCAGUCGCACAUUAUCGCUGUCUUCCCUUCUUACAGUUUUUUUGGUGUGUGUGUGCAUUUUAUCGCCUUUAAUUGCCUUUGCACAGUCCCAUUGACCUUUUCUGCCCUUCCUCCUGCAAAUCGACACUGCGAAAGCUUCCACGCACGGCUGCCAUGUGUUCGCUUGGGAUGACUGGUUUGAAUUAACUCGAUCAUUCAUAUCAUUUUUAGAGAAUUAAAAAAAAAAAACAUAUAAAGAAAAUAAAAGACAUCUCUAUAUGUUUUGGGGUGUAAAGGUGCAGCAAAAGCUUUGGUUAUCCAUAACGUGAGUGUCCCCGUUCACUUCGUUAGUAAGGGAACAGGAAACUGGUCUGUGAUGCAAAAAAGGUUUGGUACCGCUGUACUGUGCUUUAAAAAAAAAAAAAACAAUUGUCAAUGACAUCGAUCAUCACCGACUUCCAUCAAAAACAAGAAGUCUUUAGUCGUUCAACCAACAAUAGUCACGACCUUGUUUCCCAUCCCUUCAUUUCCAUCUUUAGCGCUUGUCCUCAAUCGCAGGACACAUUUAGAAACAACCAUUAACACCUAUGGACAAUUUAAAAUCUUUGAUUAAACGUAGCCAGAUUACCCGGAGAACACCCGCAACAAGCAAAGCAUGCCAACGCCGCACAGGACCGCGAACCUCAGGACUGUGAGGCAAAGCGUGCUCGUCUACCAUGCAACCAACCUUGUUUCCCAGCAAAUGUUAGUUCUGCUUCAUGUUGAGUAAAUUAUAGUUACUUGAUGAAAAGAGCAUGAAAUUACUCAACAUUUUUUUAAAUUUGCAUUUUCUCACGUGAAUUUAAGUGGGAUUUUAUACAAAAAAAUGAAGCUCUAGAUUUCAUGUAUGGCGUAUAUGACCAUAAAAACAUGGCCGACCGGAACUGUGGACGUAAGGUGGUCGGUCCCUGUCGUGGCGGCAAUCCCCGAACCCGUUGGUGGACCCCAAUGGUGAGGGAUGCCGUCAAGCUGAAGAAGGAGUCCUUUCGGGCCUUUUUGGCCUGUGGGACUCCUGAGGCAGCUGAUGUUGUGGGGCUGUCCUGGUCGACUCGCCUCUGCAACAUCGCGUGGACAUCGGGGACAGUGCCUCUGGAUUGGCAGACUGGGGUGGCGGUCCUUCCAACUACAGGGGGAUCACACUCCUCAGCCUCUCUGGUAAGGUCUAUACAGGGGUGCUGGAGAGGAGGGUCCGUCGGGAAGUUGAAUCUCAGAUUCAGGAGGAGCAGUGUGGUUUUCGUCCUGGCCGUGGAACAGCGGACCAGCUCUACACCCUCGGCAGGGUCCUCGUGGGUGCAUGGGAGUUCGCCCAACCAGUCUACAUGUGUUUUGUGGACUUGGAGAAGGCGUUCGACCGGGUCCCUCGGGUGGUCUUGUGGGGGGUUGCUUCGGGAGUAUGGGGUACCGAACCCCCUGAUAC